ACGGUAUUGCGCCUGCGACUCGAUGAAGCUGUGAGAAUUCGGCGAGACGCUUCAAAGUAAUGGAAAAUAUUUUCUUUUCACUUUGAUCGAUUGAUUAUCGGUUUUUCCUUUUCUCGGAGAUCAAUCGAGUUACGAAAUAAUCCAGAUGAAACUAAGAUGUUAAAAGACGUUUUGUAAACGUCACAUCUUAGGAGCAAUACUGUAUUCAAUAUGAUACUAUUUCAUGAAAUCGUCACACGUUUUCAAAGAAUUCUUUCAGAAUAUAAUUCUCUCGCUGGGCUAAUGCAAUGAGGAGGCAAAUCGAUAUAUAUAUGCAUCUGUGUAAAAGUUAACCAAUUACAGUACAGAACAAGGCCUGUUAGCGUUCGGCUCGAGGUCCUUUUCUAGUCGACAGCAACCGGAAGAACUGUCCGAAUAAAGAAGAGGGAGAAGGAAAGGUGAAAGAAAGACGCAGUACGUAGGUCACAGCGUAGAUUAUCUCGCUGGUGCCGACCUUGCGAACGUAAUUGGCUGAAGUAACCUCUGAUCGUCCAGAAUGGCGGUCAGAUUAUGGAUGUCUGCUGUACGACCCAGAGGAGGAUACUUUGGACCAUGGGCGGAAAAAGGACUUCGUGCUACCGGCGGAACAGGAAAUUUACUAAGCAUCGGAAGUCAGCAGCGCAGUGGACAUCAUCAAUGGGCCCUGGAUAGGGAACUUGUGAUAGCUAUGAUGAAGAAGAGUGAAUCGAUUUAUGGAGUACAAAACAAUCCAGGGUGGUUUAAUUUACAAAUAAAAAAUCCGCCGCCAAAAUCAGAAAUUAAAAACAUGACUAUUAAUUUUGGACCUCAACAUCCAGCUGCCCAUGGAGUACUACGAUUAAUUUUAGAGCUUAAUGGAGAGACUGUCCUUCGUGCUGAUCCACAUAUAGGUCUCCUGCACCGUGGUACAGAAAAGCUGAUCGAAUAUAAGACAUACAUGCAAGCUUUACCUUAUUUCGAUCGGUUGGAUUAUGUCUCCAUGAUGUGCAACGAACAAUGUUUCUCCAUGGCUAUUGAAAAGUUGCUUAAUAUAGAAGUACCUUUACGGGCGAAAUACAUUAGAACUCUCUUCGCCGAGAUCACAAGAAUUUUAAAUCACAUCAUGGGAGUUGGAACUCACGCGCUGGAUAUCGGCGCUAUGACACCUUUCUUUUGGUUGUUUGAAGAACGAGAAAAAUUAAUGGAAUUUUACGAAAGAGUGAGUGGCGCGCGAAUGCACGCCGCUUAUAUACGACCUGGUGGUGUUUCUUUAGAUUUGCCAUUGGGUAUAAUGGACGAUAUAUAUGAUUGGGCACGCAAGUACGGCGACAGAUUGGACGAAGUCGAAGACCUAUUGACCACAAACAGAAUCUGGAUAGGCCGCACAAAGGACAUUGGAGUGCUAACGGCAGAGGAUGCAUUGAAUUGGGGUUGCAGCGGAGUAAUGCUACGCGGUUCCGGAAUCAAAUGGGAUAUCAGAAAAACGGCUCCUUAUGACGCAUAUGAUCUCGUGGAAUUCGAUGUUCCUAUCGGUCAAGCUGGAGACUGCUAUGAUAGAUAUCUUUGCCGCGUAGAAGAGAUGCGUCAGUCGUUGCGAAUUAUUUAUCAGUGCCUCAAUCAAAUGCCUGAGGGCGAAGUAAGAGUCGAUGACGCGAAAAUAGUUCCACCGAGACGGGAGGAAAUGAAGACUAGCAUGGAAGCUUUAAUUCAUCAUUUUAAACUGUAUACCCAAGGAUUUACUGUGCCACCCGGAGCUACGUAUACCGCGAUCGAAGCGCCAAAGGGAGAAUUUGGGGUUUACCUCGUGAGCGACGGUAGUAGUAAACCGUACAGAUGCAAGAUCAAGGCUCCGGGUGUUGCUCAUUUAUCUGCAUUGCGUCAUAUGGGUCCAGGUUUAAUGCUUGCCGACAUCGUAGCAAUAAUUGGUACUCUGGAUGUUGUAUUCGGCGAGAUCGAUAGAUAAUUUGCUACAUACAACGUCUGUAAUUUAUGUAGUAUCGCCGAGUUUCGUUAGGUUUCGUUGAAACUUGGCUUUUCGAAACGGCAGGAAUAUGACUGUGAACAAAAUGAGGAGGAAUAAAACAGCUUGAUUACUCUUCCAUAAACUUUAGUACGUUCAUUCUGUUUCAGAAGUGCGGUUCGUACUUGUUUCGUGGAUAAUCCUUUGCUACAAGCAUUUCAACUGUGUAAGAUAGAAUUGUUAAUAAAAUAACUAUAAAAUAA